CAGGUUAAUGUGUUGUUGAAAGCUUGUAGGUGGAACCAUUCAUAGGGUCCAACUUCUGUUUUUUCAACCUCAUUUUCCAAGUCAGGAGUACAUGAUGUUGUAGGAGUUGCCACCAUCAAUAAGUACUUUAGAGAUGUCAAAGUUACCGAUCGUGGUCGUUAUCACAGUUAGCGAUCGUGGUCGUUAUUACCGAUCGUGGUCGUUAUCACAGUUAGCGAUCGUGGUCGUUAUCACUAAAGGAAAGAUCUUAUUCGGAAUUCUUUCUAUUUUCUUGUUGUCACGGAGAUUGGCCUCUCUGACCUUUUGGUCAAAGUGCUCUCGUCCUUCUCGCUGACAACAAUCAACUUAAUGAUAUUCCUUUUCACUGUCUAGAGGGAUUCCUCUCCCUUGGAGCACCACCAUUGAUGAAAGACCUAUAACCAAGGGUUAUGGAAGGUGAUAAUUAAGGUAAGGAAUAUUAAUAUUACUUACGUUAAAACGAAUAUAUUAAUCACAAGUUAAUACUAAAGCACAUACAAUCCCCUUCUUGUAAAACACCCAUUUCUUUAUGUUGUAUAUACCUAACCUUUAUGGAUCUUUCUUUUCAUAUGAGAAAAGAAGACGUUUGUGUCAUCUUCUAAACAUUCUUUGCUUCUUUCAUCAACUAUUAUAGUACAUAUAUAAAAUAGCCUUGUUGCAAUAUAUCUAGUUCAAACAUAAAACUCAAAUUUCACAAUAUAUCUACUAAUCACCAAAGAUCUGAAUAACUCAAACUCCUACAUCAUGGGGGUCCUUGCAAGUAUGGCAAGAAAUUUGGAUACAAUAAUAGGGCCCGGAGUAAUGCUUCUUUUUCCAUUAUACUCAUCAAUGAGGGCGAUUGAGAGUCCUUCAACCUUAGAUGAUCAGCAGUGGCUAACAUAUUGGGUUUUAUACUCCUUCAUAACCCUCUUUGAGCUUUCAUUUUACAAGAUCUUACCAUGGUUUCCCAUUUGGCCAUACAUGAAGCUUGUGUUUUGUAUGUGGCUGGUAUUACCAAUGUUCAAUGGAGCUUCAUUUCUAUAUGAGAAUUAUGUGAGACAAUAUGUAAAAAAUAUAGGAAAUUAUGGAGGUUUCAAUAAGUAUCAAGAGGAACAAAAGAAAGUCCUUCAAAUGAUUAGCUUGGAUGCAAGAAAAGCUGUUGAACGUUACAUAGAUAGAUUUGGACCUGAUGCAUUUGAGAGAGUAAUCAAAGUGGCUGAGAAAGAAGCAAGGAAGCACUAAAGAUUGGUCUUAAAAAAAGGAUAUUUUAAUAACAUGUCAUUUGAGAUUGUUUAAUGACUCGCGAGUUUCAGAAUUGUCUAUAAUCAAAAUAUAAUGACAUCAAUCUUGAGGUUUAGAUACUUGAAAUUAUAUAUGAUAUAAUGAUGUUAGAUAGAUGGUACUUGUUUGAAAAA